AAGAAGUCCAUCGGGCAGAAGGUGCUGGAUGAGCUGAAACACUACUACCAUGGCUUCCGCCUGCUCUGGAUCGACACCAAGAUCGCUGCACGCAUGCUCUGGCGCAUCCUCAACGGCCACACCUUGACCCGCCGGGAGCGCAGGCAGUUUCUCAGGAUCUGCGCUGACCUUUUCCGCCUGGUCCCAUUCCUCGUCUUCGUGGUGGUGCCAUUCAUGGAGUUCCUGCUGCCUGUGGCUGUGAAGCUCUUCCCCAACAUGUUGCCGUCCACGUUUGAGACCCAGUCCAUCAAGAUCCGGGAGACCGGGGAAAGACCCAGCAACGAGGAAAUCAUGCGCUUCUCCAAGUUAUUUGAAGAUGAGUUGACUCUGGAUAACCUCACUCGGCCGCAGCUGGUGGCGCUCUGUAAGCUGCUGGAGCUCCAGUCCAUCGGCACCAACAACUUCCUGCGCUUCCAGCUCACCAUGAAGCUGAGGUCCAUAAAGGCUGACGACAAGCUGAUCGCUGAGGAAGGGGUGGACAGCCUGAACGUCAAGGAGUUGCAGGCAGCAUGUCGGGCACGAGGCAUGCGGGCCCUGGGUGUCACGGAAGACCGUCUGAGGGGCCAGCUGAGGCAGUGGCUGGACCUGCAUCUGCACCAGGAGAUCCCCACGUCGCUGCUUAUACUGUCCCGAGCCAUGUACCUCCCAGACACCCUCUCACCUGCUGACCAGCUCAAGUCUACACUGCAGACCCUCCCAGAUAUCGUGGCAAAGGAGGCCCAGGUGAAAGCAGCUGCGGUGGAGGGGGAGCAGGUGGACAACAAGGCGAAGCUGGAGGCCACGCUGCAGGAGGAGGCGGCCAUCCAGCAGGAGCACCGCGAGAAAGAGCUGCAGAUGCAGUCAGGGGCCGUGAAGGACAUUGAGCUGGAAAGAACAGAAGUUGCCCCUGGGAGGCCAGUGGCUGAGCUGCAGCCAGAAGUGCCUGAUGUAAUUCUGCCCUCAGAGGCCCUGAAGGACACUGCCCCCGUGCUGGAGGGCUUGAAGGAAGAGGAAAUAACUAAGGAGGAAAUUGACAUCCUCAGCGAUGCCUGUUCUAAGCUGAAGGAGCAGAAGAAAUCCCUCACCAAGGAGAAGGAGGAGCUCGAGCUGCUGAAGGAGGAUGUCCAGGACUACAGCCAGGACUUGCAAGAGAUCAAGAAGGAACUGUCAAAGACUGGUGAAGAAAAGUACGUGGAAGAAUCUAAAGCCAGCAAGAGACUGACGAAGAGAGUGCAGCAGAUGAUUGGGCAGAUCGACGGCUUGAUCGCACAGCUGGAGACGGGUCAGCAGGCUGGCAGGCUGGGCCCAGCUCAGGGCUCGCCCGCGGGGGAGAAUGUCAUCAGCGUCACCGAGCUCAUUAACGCCAUGAAGCAAAUCAAGCACAUUCCAGAAAGCAAGCUGGUGAGCUUGGCCUCCGCGCUGGAUGAGAACAAGGACGGCAAGGUCGACCUCGACGACCUUGUCAAGGUGAUUGAGCUGGUGGACAAAGAAGACAUUCACAUCUCCACCAGCCAGGUGGCCGAGAUCGUGGCGAUGCUGGAGAAGGAGGAGAAGGUGGAGGAGAAGGAGAAGGCCAAGGAAAAGGCCGAGAAGGAGGCUGUGGAAGUGAAGAGCUAGGCUGCCAGCUCUCGGGGACGCCGCAGCCUGUGUGUCUGCCUCCCUCCUGCUGCUCGGCCACCUGGGAAUGACCGUGGCAGUGAACCUGUUGAGGUGAUUCUUAGUGGCAAAUCAAAUAUUUUGUCUGGAGUAAAUCAGAAAUUACCAUAACCAAGUAGAUUUAAAUUUUCAUCAUUCCAUGGAGAUUUAAUCAGUCUGGAAACCCUGAACCUCUCCAGGGUGUCAUGUCUGGACUCAUACCUUGGGUGGCGCUGCAGCGGCCACAGAGGCACACACCGGCCCUCAUAAUUCAGCAUGUGACUGCAGCUCUGCCCCGGACGAGAGUGAGCACUGCGUGACUCCCGACGCCUUGCGGAGCUGGCAGUUUGCCUGCACGUCCCCGGAGCACUGGGACGGGAACUAGAUAAGCACAGAUGUAGCCCUCCCUGGUUCUGAGAAGAUGCUUCAGUCUGUCCCUCUGACUCCUAAAUAUUGGCAUAACAGAUCUGUUCACACACAUUUUCAAAGUCCCGUCUGUGCAAUUAUUAGGACAAAAGUGCCUGUCAUCUUACUGGCCUCUGGAAGUAAUGUUUCUCCCUGACAGGACCACAGGUGUCUCAUGUGGACCCGCAUGGUGUGUCUGUGGGGCUUGCUCUUGAUUUACCUUUGAUUUGCGCCUAAUUCCGUAAUCAACUGACUAGAACAGAGUUUUCACACACGCUUGUCUGUCUAACUCGUGAGUUAUAUCUAAUGUGAAUUAUGCUGAGAUAAUGCCGAGGCCUCGACGGCAAAGUGUUCCCUGCUGGGGUGGCUGAUUGUGCUGCUGUGGUUUAGGUCGCUGGCUCUUUGCUGUAGGCCGGGCAGGGGCCCACAGCCUCGGGACCCCAGGUGUCCUCCUCCAGCAUAGCAGGGCCCAGCCUGCUGUAAAGCAUAGGGUUCUUUUGGCUUCUCAUGUAAAAUUGACAUUGAGCACACAUGGGGGUGACGGGGGGACAGGACAGGCCACACCCAUGGCAGCGCUCACCUCUCAGCCCUUAGCAUGGCGUAGGAUCGGGUCCCUCAACACCUUUAGAACAAGCAGACGGUGCCGUGCUCCUGGUCACCAAACAGUGAGGGGGUGGUCAUGUGGUCAACAGUGGAGCGGCAUCCCGAGGGGCUUUCCAAGUGGGGCUUGCCCCGUGCCCCUCGAGGCGGAGCCGGGUGGCCUCCAUGGGCUUGGCGUCCAGAGCUCUUCACUGAGCAGCCCCUUGGGUGGGCUGCGCUCGUCCUGCAGUUGGGUCGGUUACCUGCAGAAGGUCUUUUCAGGGAGGCUCCAGACAGGAUAUGGAAGACACAGGAACAGAGCACACAAGUGGCCGAGGUAGCCGGACAGAAGCAGCAGCGCUUGGAGAGAGCUGCUCAGUUCCUCGAAACUUGGUUUUUUGCUUGACCAUUGAAGAAACCUGACAAAGUAAGAGUAAGAUAUUCUCACAUGUAAACCUUUGUAAAAUAACAGUCGGGUUCUAAAGGCUUUUUAUUUGAAUUAUUUGAGAAAGAAGCAUGUUUUAGAUGCUUUACUGGUAUUUAUGAGUUGUCUUACCCUGAGUUCGUAGCCUGGUGUUUAGUUGUCACAGUACUUGCUUUUGAGAACAAGCUUUGUGGUUGCCAAAUGUGUCCCCAUAGAUGACAACUGUUUGGGGCCCAGUCAGCUGUGCCCCUACUCUUGUCCUCAUGCUGGCUGCCUGUGCUGGGCAUUGUCAAUGUCCCCACCCUACCGCUGGCUGUCACUGCAGAACAGCUGGCUGCCAUGGGCAGACGCUCCUGCCGUCCCUCACUCUGGAUCCUGCGCUCAUAGUUGACGGCAUCGCCUCGAGAGCCGGUGCACCCCGGGAGCUGCGGGGGCCCUAGCGGGUGCCUGUCACAGCUUUGGUUCCAUCUGCUGUGGUCUGGUGGCAGGCUCUCUCCCCUCAUCGUGUGUUCCUUUCUACUGUACUGAACUUUAUGGCAGCUGAAAUUAGUGUCCGGGGGCAGUGUAGGAAGUGGUGGAUCCAGAAACAGUUUUGUGUGAUAAGGUUUUAAAAGGUGAUGGGUUCCAGCUGUCCACGUUUUAUAACUGCCCAGCACCUCAGCUCGACCUUCGUGGCUGUUCAGGAGCUGGGACAUCUACGCCUGUGGAAAAUGAAACUUGAAUUCCCAGCGGGAAUUCAGCAUUUCUUCUUGCACUCCCCCAAAUGCCCACUUCUUACAUAGGGAUUUGGGAAAUUGGCAGGUGGCUUCGAGUCAUUUUGGAAUAUCAGAGUCUACACAUUUUAGAAAUGAAGGGCACCAUGUAAUUCUUGAAAACAGCCUCCAGGCAGUGGUUCUCACAGUGGGUUCCGGGGCCAGCUCCACCUGAGAGCCCUUGCCCUGGUUCGUAUACAAACACCUUUUGUAGAAAUAGUAUUUUUAGGAGACCAUCAAAUCCUUGUUUCUGUAACAGCUCAGUAAUAUUUCUGGACCUUUUGGCACAUAAGUCAAGAUGGAAAUGGUCUUAGUGUCUGCUUUUGUGAGGGCAGCAUGGACUGCGGGCAGGUGUUGGGUGAGCUCUUCCCGUCGGGCAUGCAGUUGUGGGUCUGGAUUCUGGGAGCCUUGCCUUCCCUGAGGGUUCUCCGAGGGCCCAAGCCCUGGUCCCACCUCCUGUCUCAUGGGACCUGUCUGCGGGGUCAGGAGACCUGCAUCCCCUUGUCCUGUGACUGUGCACCCUGCUCAGGGGGCCUGCGCCAUGUCCGAUAUUAUGCCGUGUGCCAGGCUGCCCUGGGGCCCUGUGGCAUUGGCGUGCCGUGUGGUGGUGUGCUAGACACUGUGUUUGAUGUAGGAGGUGACUAAUAAAGCGCCUUCUCAAUGA